AUGGAUGACCUUGUUGUAAUGGGUCUUGAUACGCUUCAUCCCAUUGUUCGAAUCGGAGGCAUGUUUUUUCGAGGAACUUGGUUUCAUUGCAUUGGUACGGACAUUGUCGUUCCUGUAAGAAAUGAUAUUGAAUUAUCUAAGAAAGAUUUACUUGUUUGUCAAAGAAGGCUAGUUUUGGAACAAAUUCGUCUGGUCCCUAAAAAGCAAACAGAAAAAGCGUCCCAGAAGUUUAAUUCGGAUGCCGCUAUAGAAGUUGACCAAGAAAAUCAAACUCUCACAUCGGUUCGUAUUCCCAGUGGACUAGCACAACCUGGAAGCUCUACUACUUAUAGUGUGGAUCAUGACGAAGAUAUGGGAAAUGUUGAAGCUGCAAGUGAGAUUUGA